AUGUGUUGCAAGUUGUGCCCUGAUCUACCUAGAGACUGCAACGAUUGACCCAAACCUCCACCAUGUCUUGGCUACCCAUCCACCCUACCAGCCACUUUUCCCUUGCCAACAUCCCCUUUGGCAUCAUCUCGCGGGCUUCCGCUCCAUCAUCACCGCGCCCGGCGAUUGCAAUCGGCGAGAAUGCCCUAGAUCUCCUCGAGUUCAGCAACGGAGGGGGUUUCUCCGCCUCGCCCGACAUCCAGAAACACGCAGAUGUCUUCUCCAGCGCAACUCUAAACGACUUUGCCGCGCUCGGCCGCCCAUUCCACCGGGCUGUCCGCGAGUACCUCCAGUCCGUUCUGGCCGCCGAGACAAGGUAUCCCGAGCUGCUGCGAGAUAAUCGGCAGCUAAGGCAAAAGGCCAUCUUGCCCCUGUCCGAGGUCGAGAACCACUUGCCCCUAGCAAUCGGGGAUUACACCGACUUCUAUGCCGGGAAAAAUCACGCACACAGUGUUGGGGUGCUCUUUCGCGGACCAGCCAAUGCUUUACAGCCAAACUAUAUGCACUUACCCGUUGCGUACCACGGACGGGCAAGUAGCGUUGUGGUAUCUGGGACAGCGAUUCGGCGACCGUGGGGCCAGAUCCUGCGAGACCCCAACAAGACGGACCCGAAAGUCCCCGUGCUGGCGCCGAGCGAGAAGCUGGACCUCGAGCUUGAGAUGGGCAUGUUUAUCUGCAGAGAGAAUGGCUUGGGUUCGCCGGUUUCAGUGGCCGAGGCGGAGGACUUCAUCUUUGGCUAUGUCCUCAUGAAUGACUGGAGUGCAAGAGACCUGCAGGCGUGGGAAUAUGUGCCUCUGGGUCCAUUUACAUCCAAGAACCUGGGGACUAGCAUCAGUCCCUGGGUGGUUCUUGCUGACGCUCUGGAGGGAGCCAAGGGGCCGGGCAUCCCCAAUGAGACGGAGCUGUUGCCAUAUCUUCAGCAAGACACCGAUAACAAUGUCCUGGGCAUCGAGCUUGAGGUCGAAAUCAUAAGUGAUAAGACAGCUGUUUGCCGGACAAACUCCAAGAACCUACUUUGGUCGUGGCCACAGAUGAUUGCACACCACACCAUCAGCGGCUGCAACCUGCGACCGGGAGACCUGUUCGGUUCCGGUACAAUUUCUGGCCACGAGCCUGGUUCAGAAGGCUGCCUUCUCGAGAAAACCCAGGGCGGAAAGAUUCCGCUGCGUCUGAACACGGGAGAAGAGCGGACGUUCUUGCAGGAUGGGGACACGCUAGUUAUUCGCGGAUGGUGUGGGGAAAAUGGUGCCAUGGUCGGGUUUGGAGAGGUAUCUGGCACUAUCCAAGGAGCCCUUCCCUUAUUCUAGGUGAGGGAGAUAGGGAAUUAUGGCAAUCCCUACAUGAAGUGUGUCCAAUCCUUUGGUUGUACCGACUAAGUGAAG